AUGGAUGAUGAAAUGACUGUAAAUCUGUUCAAGAAACCGGAUUUGUCAAAAGAUUCAAAAAUGGGAGUUGUUGAGGCAACACCCAUGGAACAGAAAGCACCUGAAGGGCGCUCAGCAAAAUUGACUUAUCCUUCUAGAGUAAAAAGCCAUUUGAAAAUAAUCGAUGAGCAACAAUCAGUUGAGGAAAUAUUCGCCGAAACAAGAAAUUAUACCGUUCAUUUGGAUGUACCCCGGAGCAGAAUGUCAAUUUCGAAACUGUCGGCUAUAAGCGAAGAACGAAGUGGUUGCGCCAGUGGUUCCCUGAAUCCAUCCAACAAUGUAGAAUUGAUGAAGUCAGCACAACCGUCAGCAGGUGAUACGGUUGAUGACCCAUUUGUAUUAGCUGGCAAUGCUGAUGCUGAAAAUAACAUUCUCGUGGAGACAGACGUCCUUACUGAUAAACCAUCUGAAUGUCCACAAUCUUCUCACUUCACACUUCAUGGUACUUCGUUCACAGAGAAAUUUCUGAGUAAGGCGAUGCGCGAUUUUUCAAGCACAGUACCAGUUCCACCUCCGCGUUCAGUGCAUCACGAAACAGAUGAAACGACAGUGUUGCAAGAAACAAUUCAAAAUGAAAGUGUACAGGCCCAUUUUCUUUCUGCUGCAAAAAAAACUAAGUUUGAAGUUUACGUGGAAGAAAUCGAACCAGUAAAGCAAACCGAACCAUUUGCUAUUUAUAGCAAUGAGAAUAUCAUAUCAUCUUCAGAUGCUUCAGAAAAAAGAUUAAACACCGAACUGGAUUUGGACUAUCAAAAGAAUAUAGACAUCCAUGAUGACGAUACCUACGAAUCUCAGUCAGCAUUCAGAAAAGUGAACCAUUUGCUGCCUAGUAUUUAUCCACAGCCUUCGAUAACUGCUCAUCUUCGUCGUCCAUCAAUUUUGGAGAAAACUGAAACUACGUCACUUGAACACGAUAACGAAAUACUGACAGAGGUAGAAAAGCGGAAGUGUGGAGAAAUGAAACCUCCUCUCUCUGAUCGUAUUGAUGAGGAAACAUUGGCUGGUUUAAACAAAAUGGCUAAAACAAGAGCAGUGACAUCGACACCAGCAAAUGGUGUUGCACCUCCAAUCGAAGAUCCCAUUGAGGAAUCGUUUCGUCCACUUCCUUCGAACGCAGCUGAUCCUUUUUUCCAAAAACCGAUGUUUGAUGAAGCUAUCAUUGCAAAUACUGCAUUUGGUAGACGAAUGAGUAUGUCCGAACAGCGCCGGGAUACUUUGACAAAAUUGUCACAAAAAAUUGGUAUUGAGAAUAUUAUUGAAUAUAAGAAAACGGGACCGGCUGUUAGCAACAGUAUCAAUGAAGGAUUACGUCGACUGUCGAUUGCUCCAAAUGAAAUUACUCAUGAAGGAUUGAGAUCACACACUGAAUCCGAAAUAAAUCCUUGGGAUGGAAAAUUGCAAGACAAAAUUAUGGCCAGCCAACGUUUCUGCCCGGCGAAUCUUCAUGACUUCCCGGAAAGAUGCAAUCGCUUCAGUCCUGGUGCUGCUGUAGUUUUAGGAGGUGAACGUUUUGAUAUUGAAUGUCUGAUCGGCGAAGGUGGUUUUGCUAGAGUUUACAAGAGCAAAUCAGAAGACGGCAACUGUUAUGCAGUGAAGUUUGAAAUGCCGCCGUGUAGAUGGGAAGUUUAUGCUUGUGAAACAUUGCGUAUUCGAAUGCCAAAAGGGAUGUUGGAUGGUAUAAUGAAUAUCCGCGAUGCAUAUUUGUUUUCUAAUGCAAGUGCUAUUGUUUAUGAGUAUCACAAGCACGGGAAUCUCCUUGAUAUGAUAAAUAAGUUACAAGCCAAGAAUAUCUCGUGCUCAGGUCUUUUGACGGUUUACCUCGCCUGGGAGAUUGGUCGAAUAUUGGAAGCAGUUCAUAAUGCCCAAAUAAUACACGGCGAUGUUAAACCUGAUAACUUCAUGAUUCUUCGCCGGUUAAACGAAGAUGCCACAUUAGAACAAAUUUUUGACAAGAAAUCCUUCACAUUGAAACUGAUUGAUUGGGGACGUGCCAUUGAUAUGAAUUUCUUGAAAGAACACACAUUCCGAGGAAAGGCAGGCACUGUCGCUUUCGAUUGUUCUGAAAUGCAGGAUGGUCGGCCAUGGACAUACCAAACAGAUUUCUAUGGUUUUAUUUCAACGCUUCAUGUUAUAAUAUAUGGAAAGUAUAUGAAGACGUAUCGAAAUAGCGCCGGACGAUAUAGUGCAACAUCUGUGAUGAAAAGACGCUGGCCCCAACGAGAAUUACUGGAAGAUAUAUUCGAUAUGUGUUUGAAUAUACCGGACUGUGAAUCAAUUCCCAAAUGGUCGACAAUAACUGAUGGUCUUGAAAACAAUAUUAGGCAUGUACUGGAUAACGGAGGAUCAAAAAGUAUGGAAGCAGGCAGCUCAAGAACUGAACGCUGGCAUCACCUGUGA